AUGGGGGUCAUUGAUCCCUAUAAAGAGCCCUUGAACAGAACUUCCAGCCGUGAGUUCUUGCAUGGAAAGAGCACACCAGCAGAUAUGGCCCUGAACGGCUUUCUGUUUUCCAUUCUGCUUCACCUGGGAACGCUGCUUCCUGUUACUGCAGAACAAAAUGUUUAUUCCAUUGAGGGCAGUCCUGUUACCCUUUCUUGUCCUGAUGUCUCAUCAAACCAAAAUCCAGGCACUGGGUUCUGGAAAUACAACGGGGUAGAAGUCCUUAAAUACACAAAUGGGAAACCUUGGAAAGUUAAUCAAGACAAGAGAUUCAGAGGUACAGAUAAGGGGGAUUUCUCCUUAUACAUGCCAGAAGCACAGGAAGGCCUUUAUACCUGUGAUGUGUCUGGACAAGAGAAAAGUAUUCGCCUUCACUUUCUGAAAGUGACCGGCUCUCCAGAAGGCUCUCUCCUGCAGGGUGAGAGUCUAGAACUGCAACUGCAUCCUCCUGAUAUGACGGCAACUCAGAUCGAAUGGACUGGCCCCCACAAUGAGAAAAGCCGCUGGAAUCUCAUGGACAACAAUCAAAGACUGCAGAUCAAGAAUCUUCAAGUUCAGGAUGAUGGGUUAUGGAAAUGUUCCAUCCACAGUCUAAUUAUCUCCUACAGAGUCACCGUAAUAGGCCCACAUAUGCCUGGGAACAGCGGCGGCCCUAGGACGCCGCCCAAGGAUGGUGCUCCAACGCUGGCACCAGCAACGGCAAGCACAGCUGCAGCAAGGUUCCCAGUGUCGGCGUGCACACCACCGCUGCCCACCGUUGCUCUGCCUCUUGCAUCUGUGGCAUGA